GUAGGGGUGGUAAUAGCAUUACACUAUUCUUAGGCCAGGAAAAGCCUACACCAAUGAAUGAAUGAUUGUCUCUGUCUCUCGGUUACAUUCUCAAUAGCUGCAACUAUCUUCUUCAACCAUGGCUACCAAUUCGAUUUCCUCAUCCUCCUUUCGAUUUCUCACUACCAGAAUCCCUCACUCCCUCUUCCGCAGAACCCCAACUCUCCUUCCUCCUCUAACAAAACCCCUCUUCUCUAAAUCCAUCACCUUCCAGAGACUUCCAUCAUCAUCUCCACCGUCAUCAUCAUCGUCACCGUCACCGUCUUCCACAUCCCUUCAACCCAUCGAAGACCUCCCUCCGAAGCUCCAAGAAAUCGUUCACCUUUUCCAAUCCGUCCCCGAACCCAAGGCCAAAUACGAACAGCUCCUCUUCUAUGGCAAAAACCUCAAACCCCUCGAACCCCACUUCAAAACCAACGACAACAAGGUCCAAGGUUGCGUCUCCCAGGUCUGGGUCCGAGCCUACCUGGACCCCAACGGCCAUGUCGUCUACGAAGCCGACUCCGACUCCGUCCUCACCAAAGGCCUCGCCGCGUUGCUCGUUCAGGGCCUCUCGGGUCGACCCGUCAGUGAAAUCGUUCGGGUCACACCCGAUUUCGUCACGCUGUUAGGGUUACAGCAGAGCCUAACCCCCUCAAGGAACAACGGGUUCUUGAACAUGCUUAAAUUGAUGCAGAGAAAGGCGCUUAUGCUGUACGUGGAAGCUGAAAAGGGUGGUGAGUUCACUGAAUUGAAGUCACCCGAGUCGAACUCUGAUAGCAUUGUUGAGAAUUCUUCAAGGGGUGGAGAAAGUUCUGAACUUGGUGAGGAUGAUGUUGGUUUGGAUUCUGAGGGUGUUGUGGAAUUAGGAGGGAGGGGGAAGAGGAUAAGGGAGAAGUUGCAGAAGGAGCUUGAGCCUGUUGAGUUGGAGGUUGACGAUGUGUCUUAUCAGCAUGCGGGGCAUGCUGGGGUUAGAGGGAGUGAUGGAGAAACGCAUUUCAAUGUUAAAGUUGUGUCUAAGGAGUUUGAAGGGAAGAGUUUGGUUAAGAGGCAUAGGCUUAUUUAUGGCCUUCUGCAAGAGGAGUUGGAGACUGGACUCCAUGCCUUGUCGAUUGAGGCCAAGACACCGGCUGAAGUUGAAGGAUGAGAGUUCAUCAGACUGCCAUUUUAUGAGUUUGGAAAGGUAUGAGUUUUGUCUGUUGAACCAGAAUGGUGCUCUGUAUUGGUCAGAAGGGUAAUUUUUGUUUGUUGAAAAUACACUCUGAUGAAUGAAAUUGUAUGAAUUUAGAUUUGUUGAAGCUGAGGCUUUCAUUCCAAUAAUGUAACAAUUGUCAUUUAUAAACAGAUGGAUGACAAUGUUGCUUCUAGGCACAAUUUGAGUAACUGCUGUUAUUCACCAUUUUGUUUUCUGACCGAAGGCUAAUUGUAUCGUUAUGAGUAGCAGUUCUCAUUCUAGAAUAGAGGAUAAUGUUUUGUCACAACACAUGGUUUCCCAUUAUGCUGUUAUCAGUUGCAAAUUUAUAAUUGAAAACAAAAAUGAGAUCAUUAAAUCACUA